UCCCCCGGGUUACGACUGACGGCUGGCCCGGCGGUUUUUCCAGACACGCUGUGUGGUGUUUGUCCCACCCGUUUGGUCCUCUGGCGGAGACUCCAGAAGCGGCCUCGGAAUCCCGGCUCGGGCGGGGCGGGAAGGCGCAGGCGCCGGUGUCGCCGACACGUUCACGCACCCUCCCUGCCUGGCCGCGCCUCUGCGACCAGGUGAUCCAAUGAAAGAAGAAAAUGAAAGGCGUAAAGAAAAGUCUUACAGAAGAAUAUCUGUACCUGGACUUUUCUCACCAAAUAGAAGGGUGCAUUUUUCCACUUCAUACAUCUGCAGCUUUAUUUUUGUUAUCAUACUGUGACUGCAAAAUCUUCAAAGUUUGUUUAGUCCUUACCAGAGAAAGUACAGACGUUUCACUACUUAAAAAUGUACUGUCACAGGAUGUCGAAGUACAGAUAAUUUCGAGACAAGAACUUCCACCGAUAGUCCAGAAUUGCCAUUUACCUGCAGUAGUAGAAAGACCAGACACUUUCUGUAGAGCAGGACUAGCAGUUGUACUGAGACACAUCAUCCAGAAAUCAUAUGAAGCAGACCCUUCAAAGACGGACAUUUUGGAACUUCUGGGUUUUAAAAAGACUUGCUUGAAAGCCUGUGCUGAGGUUAGUCAGUGGACCAGGCUAUGUGAACUCACUAUCCCUUUAGCUGUUGAGAAUUUUCUCCAAGAAUCUUCUGACCAGCACCCAAGCAUCCCUACAGAAAUCCUGCAGCUCGAGAAAAAGCUCAGUGAGCCUGUGAGAGUGCACAACGAUGACAAGCUCCGUCGGCAGAAGCUGAAGCAGCAGAAGGCUGCCAGAGUGGGGCCUGCCCUUGCCAAAGGGGAAACGAAGAGCAAGGUCCAUAGCCAGGAAACGCCUGAAGAGCUGGACCCUUCAUCACAGAGCCUGGAACUGAACGUGGCGUUCUCAAAGCUCACGGUGCAGGAAGAACCAGCCGCUACCAACAGGGAACCGUCUCACAUCAGAAAAGCGAAGGCCUCUGACCUGCCCCCUCUGGAGCAUGUGUUUGCAGAAGGACUGUACUUCACUCUGACAGACAUUGUGCUCUUGCCCUGCAUCCAUCAGUUUUUGUUAAUUAUCUGCAAAAAACUUUCUGAAAAGCUGGUAGAAUUCCCACUGUUGGCCGCUUGGUACCAGAGGAUUCAGGAAGUGCCAAAAGUAAAAACAGCAGCUUCUCAGUGUGGGAUCCACUUGUUCCAUUUACCAGAGUCGCUGGCUAUGUCAAAUGAACAGCAUCCAGACUUAAAUGAGGCCCCAGCUCUAGAGGAACAAAAUGAUCCUUCAUUUAUAGGAGGACCAAGACCCACUAUGACCAAGUUAAUGGAAAAAGGCAUUGAAGUGAUGUUUUCUCCCCACCCUUACCCUACUUGGACCCUUGAUUGGAACAGUCUUCCUGCAGCAGUGAGCCCAAAGGAAGGUAAAAUGUCCAGUGAUCGCGCUUUGAGGAAGCAGCAGCAGUUAAACAACCUUGUCUAUGUGGUGACAAAUCAGGCCAAACCUGGUGACAAAAUUGUGGAUUUCUGCAGCGGUGGGGGUCACGUUGGGAUUGUGCUCGCUCAUACGCUGCCGUUAUGCCAGGUUAUAUUAAUAGAAAACAAGGAAUUAUCAUUAAUCCGUGCGAAGAAGAGAAGUGACGAGCUAGGUCUAAGCAAUGUUUGGUUCAUUCAAGCAAAUAUGGAGUAUUUCACAGGAAUGUUUAAUAUUGGGGUGGCGUUGCACGCUUGUGGAGUGGCCACCGACAUGGUGAUUGAGCUCUGCAUCAAAACGCGAGCUUCCUUCGUCACGUGCCCUUGCUGUUACGGUUUCAUUCAGAAUACCUCCAAGUUUAAUUUUCCAAAAAGUGAACAAUUUAAGAAAACUUUAUCAUACAAGGAACACAUGAUUCUGUGCAGAUUUGCAGAUCAGACAGCUGUCCAGCUUCCGCCCCAACGAAGGCUCAUAGGAAAACAGUGCAUGUGCCUGGUGGAUCUGGACCGAGCAAGAGCUGCAGAAGAACGCGGCUACUCCGUUCAAGUGAUAUCCAUGGAGCCAGAGAGCUGCUCUCCCAAAAAUAACAUGAUCGUGGGAGUCCCCGUUUAGAAUGAGAUAUUCCCAUUUGAUGUUUUGCCAUUUGUCUUCAUGAUGAAAGCUCAGUGGCAUUCGGGAGGUUCUUGGCACAACUAGGAGACAGCAUUAGCCAUCUUGAACCUAUUGUGCUCAGGAAGGAAAGCGGCGGGAAAAUCUUUGAAGAAAGGCUGCCUGCAAAGCAUCGCAAAUGCUUUUAUAAUGUGUGAUUAAAAGACCACUGGUUUUUAUAGUGAGAAUCCCCUGAAGCCUCAGCUGCCAGCAGAAUAAGACUCUCUAGUUGAGGCUCCAUCACUGGAAUAACAAUUUCCUUCUCAGUUCACAGCUUCUCUGAUCUGGCCAACAUGGUGUUCAAUUCAAAACAAUGUACUUGCAGUCUUUAUAAGUAUUUAGAUACUUGAGUGGAGACCAAAGCUAGACUCAGUGGGGUUUGUUUGUUUUAUAUUUCUAACAACAGUACUUUAUAUAUAAUUUUUAAAAAAAUCUUGUCAGGUAAUUACAGUGUGAUUAAACUUUUAAGCUGGGGUGAGUUGGACUUAUACAUUAUAUCAUAUACUCCGUUUAAAUAUACUUCCCAUAAAUCACCUAAUGAGAUCAUCUCCGGUUCAAACAUUUUAUAUGAAGACAUUAUAAAAUAAUUGCAGUAUAUUUUCCAUUAUGGGCACAUGUAAUUUGGACAUAAAUUCUAACUAACCAGUAAAUAUGUUGAUUAAAUAAUUAUUGAGGAUCCAUUAUUUUCAAGACUCUGGCCCAGUUUCUUCUAAGGAUUCAUAAUGAGUUGCAAUAGAUACAAUGCCUUGCCUAUAGAUAGAAAUAAGGCAGAAGAGAAAGAUUAGUGAAUUAGUUUUCUUUAUAUCAUAUUACAAUGUAUGGUCACAGGAUUUGUUUUUCAGAUAUCACUCAUAUUGGGGGGUAUAACUUAUUGAGUAUAAAUCGGAGGUGGGAGGAGUACAGAAUAUAUAAGCUUAUUUGAAGUGAUCUCUACCCAAAUUCUUAUUCCACCAGCCAGAGUUUUUAAGGACAAAGGGCAUAUCCUUUUUCAUGAUCUGCUUUUUUUUUUUUUUUUUUCACAAGUCCUAGGCUAUUCCAUUUCAGAUAAGGCUUAUUUAAUCAAUUUUGAUGAUUUCAACCUGUAUAACGUACCAUGAGGAGAAAGGAUUUUAAUAAAUAAUUCUUUCAUCACUGUGGGUUAAAAUACAGGAAUAAUAUGGGAGGAGGGUGAACGCUUGUUUUUUGGGAUAAAAGAUGAGAAAAGAAUUAAUCAUCAGCCCUGAGUAUUUUAGUCAUUUGCCCCAAUAAACGCACUAUGCUUUUAUUCUGGGUUUUUUAAAAAUUAAGGAAUAAUUUACAGAUAAUAAAAUAACAGAUUUUAAGUGUUCACUUUGAGAGGUUUGGACAACUAUAUACACCCAUGCAACCACCACCAGAAAUAAGAUACUGAAUAUUUCCAUCAGCCAAGAAAGUUCCCUCAUGUUCCUUUCAGUUCAAUAUCCUUCGCCCCAAAGGCAACCGCUCUCUGAUUUCUAUCACCCUACAUUUGUUUGGUCUAUUUUUGUCCUUCAAAUAAAUCAAGUCAUUGAGUAUGUAGUCUUUUGUGUUUGGCUCCUUUUGCCCAACAGUAUUUUUUGAAAAAUAUUCACAUUGUUAUGUAUAUCAAUAGUUUCUUCUUAUACCUACAUGGUAUCCCAUCACAUAAACAUAUCUAAAUGUGUUUGUCCAUUCUCCUGCAGGUAUUUAUUUGGAUUGUCUCCAGUUUGAGGAUAUUAUGAAUGAAGCCUAUGAAUGUUCUUGUACAAGUCUUCUUGUGGAUAUGUGUUUUUAUUUCUCUUGAAUAAAUACCUAGUGGUGGAACUGCUGGGUCGUUAAAUGAAUGUCAGUUGCCAAACAAUUUUCCAAAGUGGUUUUACCAUUUUAUAUUCCCACCAGCAAUAUAAGAAAGUUCUAGUUCUCCACGUCCUUUCCAACAUUGGAUACUGUCAGUCUUUUCUAUUUUAACCAUUCUGGUGGGUGUGAAAAGUGUCCCAUCCUGGUUUCAGUUUUCAUUUCUCUGAUGACCAGAGAUGUUAAGAAUCAUUUGUCAAGUGUCUAUUCAAGUCUUUUGCUCAUUUGUAAAAUCAGGCCAACUGGGUUUUUAUUGUUGAUUUAUAAGUGUUCUUUAUAUGUUCCGGGUAUGAGUCCUUGUCAGAUAUAUGUAUUGAGAAUAUUUUUCCCAGUCUGUGACUUAGCUACUCAUUUUCCUAACAAAUGUUUUAAUUUUUAUAAAGCCGAACAUAUCUUUUUUAUAAUCAAAUAUUUCGCGUGUCCCCUUUAAUAAAUCUUUACGUCCUCGAA